UUCUUUUUGAAAAUUGAGCUUUUUUUUAAAUUUCAAUUCUUAGAUUUUUUUUAAUUGUAACUUUUAAUUUUCUUAGUUUUCGAGUGUUUCUAAUUGUUUUUCCGUUAACUAUUUUACUGAGUCAUCAUGUCAACACCGCUGAUUGAAAAUAAUUCUUCUAUGGUUCCCGGUGAAGCUCCAAUUAAACGAGAGUUUCUUUUGGAGGUUAAAAGCUCUCGAGGAAUUGAUUUGGAUCAUGUAUCAGAAAGAGAUAAAUCAUUAUUAAUUAAGGAGGAACCUGGUGACAAUGGUGAUCAAUUGGGUGAUCGUGAAGAAGAUGGUGAACAAGGGGGUGAAGAUGAUGAAAACCAUAGCGACAAAAGGUCUGGUUUUAAAAGGAAAAGGAAGCAAAAGCUUCGUGGUCAAAAUAAGAAUCGUAAAGUAAAUGAAAUGGCUGUUAGAAGAGCGGCUCGGGUAAAACGGCCUUGUCUCAAAUAUUCGGCCAGUAUUGGUAAUGAGGCAACGGAAGGAUGUCCUUAUGGUACUUCAUGUAAACACGGUCAUUCAAUUGACGACUAUUUGAAAGAGAAAAUACCCAAUAUUGAUCGUGAUUGUUAUUCUUUUGUUAAAUAUGGUUUCUGUCCAUAUGGAUUCUUGUGUCGAUUCAGUGGACAACAUAUUGACCCAGCCGAUAAUCGGAGUAACAUUGUUGAUAAAGAAAAAUGGGAAUCGAUGAAAAUUGAGAUGCAAACAAAUUCUACCAAUCAAAUGGAUAAAAAUAUUCUUCCUCUACUUCGAAAGAGAACUUAUGAUUUUAGUCGAUCUAUGAAAGCAAUUAAAGAUGUUCGUGAUAAACCCUUAGGCCCAUUAAUUGGUGAAACGGAAAAGGUUGAAAGAAGCUCAAUCGAUUUCAAAGGGAAACUGUAUCUUGCCCCUUUGACGACCAUUGGUAACUUACCAUUUAGAAGGAUCUGCAAAGAGCUUGGUGCCGAUAUAACUUGCGGAGAAAUGGCCAUGGCCACGAAUAUUUUAGAAGGUCAAGCAUCCGAAUGGGCUUUACUUCGUCGCCACAAAAGUGAAAGUAUCUUUGGUGUACAACUUUGUGGAAAUAACUCUGAAGUAAUAACCAAAGCAUCACAAUUAAUCACUGAGCAAUGUUCAGUUGAUUUUAUUGAUAUUAACAUGGGUUGUCCCAUCGAUUGUGUCUAUCAAAAAGGAGCCGGUGCUGGUUUGAUGAAUAAAACAAACCGAUUAAAUGAAAUGAUCUAUGGAAUGUCUCAAGUUACAAAGGUUCCAAUUACUGUAAAAAUGAGAACUGGUAUUCACGCAUAUAAAAAUAUCGCCGAUAAAGUUAUUGAUAAUAUCGUUCACUUUUGGGAUAACAAGACGGUUGGAUUGAUUACAGUUCAUGGUCGAUCACGGGAACAACGUUACACUAAAUCAGCUAAUUGGGAAUAUGUGAAUGAAUGUGCAAAACUGUCGAAAGAAAUUCCAAUCUUUGGUUCGGGUGAUGUUCUUUCGUACGUGGAUUAUGAGCAAAAAUUGGCCGAGAAUCCGAAUGUUUCUGGAGUACUCAUUGGACGUGGUGCGAUAAUUAAGCCUUGGCUAUUCACUGAAAUCAAAGAGAAACGACAUUGGGACAUUUCAUCUCGAGAACGUCUCGAAAUUAUUCAAAAAUUUGCCAACUAUGGUUUAGAACAGUGGGGAUCAGAUGAUGAAGGCGUUGAAAGAACUCGACGAUUUCUCCUCGAAUGGUUAUCUUUUCUCUAUCGUUACAUUCCCGUUGGACUUCUUGAAGUUUUACCACAGAAAAUCAAUGAUAGGCCACCAUAUUAUCGAGGUCGCGAUGAACUAGAAACUCUCAUGGCCUCACCAUCUUGUAGCGAUUGGGUCAAAAUCUCAGAAAUGUUUCUUGGUCCAGUUCCGGAUGAUUUUGUUUUCCUACCAAAACACAAAGCAAAUGCUUAUCAAGCCUAAUCAGCAAUCAGAUAAUUUAAUUCAAUUGCAUUUAAUUUACAAUCCAUCGCGAGAACAAAUCAACUUUUAAACCUCAUCAAAUUAAUCAUUGCAAAUUUGUUUAUAUCACUGUGAUCAAGACUCAUUUUCUCUCAUCACAAGAUCUUUAAUUGUAAUUAAAGAUAAAAGUACAAUUAUCUUUUUCUUGUUUAACAAUUUAAAUUUCAUUGUAAUUAACAAACAAAAAACAAUAUUCUUCAAAAAUAUCAAAUGUAAAGGUAAAAUGUUUUAUCAAAUUAAAAUGUAAUAUUUUACCACUUUAACUAGAAAA